UAGGUUUCAAUUCAAACUGUCACUUUUGAAGCAGAAAAUGUUGCCUGCAGAAGACGAUUCGGAUGGUCAAAGGUCCCCUACCCCUGCAUCAACCGAGGUCGUAAUUCCUCCCCCCGACAUCAAAAGAGCGGUGGACGGUGCCGCGAGGUUUGUCGCAUCAAUCAGGCCUAAGUAUGAGAAAGCAAUCAUUGCUGAGAAUGCUGCACUGCCCAAAUAUAGUUUUCUGAACGUUGCAGAUCCGUAUCAUGCCUAUUACCGGCAACAGGUGUCCGAGCUUCGUGCUCAAUAUGGGCCCAAAGGGCGGUCGAGAGAAAGUGUGAGUGGUCACGAGGCCAUCGUUAGUGAACGGUUGAGGGAGCUGGAGAAGAGGUUUGAAGAAAGGCUCGAGGAGGAGCCUGAUACCACGAUUGCGUCACCGCUUACUGGUGAAUUGAUUCCGGUCCACAAGUUGUCUCAACAUAUGGAAGACCCCGAGUAUAAACAGCAAAAGGAGAGACUGUUUGCCAAGAUUAGCGAGACUACGCAUGCCCAAGAUGACGAGAUCUUCGCAAGUAUUGUUCGCCUUGCUCGGAUAUGUCCUGAUAUUUUUGGGACCAAAGAGGAAGAGUUUGUAAAUUCAGUCAAUGAAGAGAUUCGAUGCACUCUGCUGAAUUGGGAAUUCGAUGUGGUUCCAUACUCGCCUCCGCCUAACAUGAUGGAUGCUGCUAAUCUGCCACAGCAUGGCGUGCCUGAAGAACCUGAACCAAAGAGGCAGCGGCUUCUCCGCGAGGGUCCGUCCUUGGCUCAACGUCCGGGACCCGAUGGCAAAGGGCAAACAUUUGGAGAGUGGUGGGCUGAGAGUGUUAGAAAGAGAGAACUGAGGCUGGAAAGGUUGAGGUGCCUGAUGCAAUUAGACACAAGCUGAAACCGAGUGGGAAGUGCUGUCUCUGUUGUGCUGACCACCGCAACAUUGCAUUGCAUUGCAUUGGAUUGUCAAGUAAGGAGUGCUGCUUAUACAUACUAACUAGCCUAGUUUACACUUUCUUUUUUUGUGCUUUUUCAGGUUGUAUGUAUACUUGAAAGCCUUAAACAUUUGAUCGGCUUUUAGAUCUUUUAAGUUUCAACAUAACCGGACUUGUUCUAUA